AUGAAGAUACUCCUCGUUUUUCUUUUUAUUUCAUCAAGCGAGCAACUUGUAUGCAUCUUCCGUAAUAAUUUUCAAUUUUCAACAAACCCAUUUGACGCAGAAAAAUUUAAGACAGACGUGAAUUCUUCACAACCGUUUCGUACUCAAAUUCAAAAAUGCCGAGUCGAGCUGACGUUUGAUUAUAAUAAACAAUUUUUAAGAGUAGCAUUUCAUCCAGAACGUCCUACACCCGGUAAUGAUAAACUUGGGCGACCUCGUUUUGUUACAACAUUCUCUCUGGAUUCAAGUGUAUCGACGAAUGAAAGUGUUCUUAUUUAUACUUGUUCAAAAACAGAAGCUUGCGAUCGAGAUUUUGUUCUCAAUCUUUCUCCGUGGCAGUUGUAUCAUAACUACAGUCAACUGCAAAUCGAAAUGGCCGAUAUAUUAAUCAAGAAAAACAAUGGGCCAGUUCGAUGUAUUGUAAAGUCAUCGGAACAGAAACUUGAACAAUGUGAAACAGAAAUGUGUCGACUACAGAUAGACGCACGCAACAAUACAUCUACGUAUCAUGGUCAAUGUGUCGGCGAUAAGAAAGCUUCAGCAAAUGUGGAAAUCACUAGUAUUUCUGAUGGUCAACUCUUUGUAUUUAAACAUCGUGUCCAUUACAUAUGCAUGUAUGACGAAUGUAACAAUGCGAUUACUGUGAAUAAGGUUCUCAAUGCUAUUCUCCAUUUGUAUAACGUUUCGAAAAUGUUCACCAAUGAAAACAUUGAAAAUCAGCCAUCAUCUUCGGAUCAGAUACUAUCAAAUACGACAGAAGAAAUAAUGCCACUUGGAAAUACAACAAAAGCAAUAAUGCCACUUGGAAACACAACAAAAGCAAUAAUGCCACUUGGAAAUACAACAAUGCUGAUUCGUACAUUGGUAUUUAACAACCUAGAUCAGACAACAACAGGUCCGAACAAUACAGCUAUGGUAAACUCUCAAACAGUAUUCAAAACGGUUAUGAUUGUUUUGUUUGUUGUUCUCUCAUACUUUAAUCCAUGA